AUGCCACCGGACGGCGACACGCCGGACGCCGCCGACGCCGCAACCCACUGCUCCACCAAGGUGCUGCAGGGACGGUACGCGCUCGGCCGCGUCCUAGGCCGGGGCGCCUCCUCCAAGGUGUACCGCGCGCGGGACGCCCGCACGGGCGCCCACGUCGCCGUCAAGGCCAUCCGCAAGCCGCACCACGGCCACCCGUGCUGCUGCUCGCCCGAGGCGGCCGUGGAGCGGGAGGUGGCCGCGCUCCGCCGCCUGCGGGGCCACCCGCACGUUGUGCUCCUGCUCGACAUCCUGGCCACCCGCUCCACCGUCUACCUCGUCCUCGAGCUCGCCCGGGGCGGCAGCGUCCUGUCCGCGCUCGAUGGCGGCGGCGGCCGGGGCCCGGGCCCGGGCCGCUACUACGACGAGCCCGCCGCGCGCCGCCUCUUCGCGCAGCUCGCCUCCGCGGUCGCGCACGCGCACUCCCUCGGCGUCGACGUCAAGCCGGAGAACCUCCUCCUCGACGGCCGCGGCGACCUCAAGCUCACGGACUUCGGCCUCAGCGCCUUCGCCGACCGGCGCCACCACCACCUCGGCGCGGACGCCUUCGCCGACCAGCACCACCUCGCCGCCACGCGCUGCGGCUCCCCGGCCUACGUGGCGCCGGAGAUCCUCCUCAGCACGCGGUACGACGCCGGCAAGGCGGACGUGUGGUCCUGCGGCGUCGUCCUCUUCGUGCUCACCGCCGGCUACCUGCCGUUCAACGACGGCAACCUCAUGGCCAUGUACCGCAAGAUCUGCUCAGCCAACUUCCGGUGCCCCAAAUGGACCUCGCCGGAGCUCCGCUCCCUCAUCGGCCGGAUGCUCGACCCGGAACCCGACACCCGCAUCAAGCUCGGGGAAAUCUUCGACCACCCUUGGCUCCAGCUCCAGCAAGAUCGCAAUCCACCAUUUGGUCUCAUCCAAGCUGCUGCUCCCAACCAUGAAACACUGAAAUGGGAGGCGGAAUUGGAGCAAGCAAUGGAGCUAAACGCCUUCGACAUAAUCGGGUUUGCGUCCGGAUGCGAUCUAAGCGGGUUGAUCGGGCCAUUGCCGGAUCGAGCUCGAUUCGUGGUGCCAGUUGCAGAUGGCAGCUCAGUUUUGGACGUGAUCGAGAGGCUAGGGCGAGAGGAGGGGCUUGCAGUGAGCAGAAAAGAUGGGGAAUGGUGUGGAGGAGUUCAUCUCGAGGCCAAAAACGGGAAAUUCACUGCAUUUGUGAGAGUUAAUCUAUUGCCCAAAGAUAUGCUAAUUGUAGAGGCAGAAAGGGUUAAUGGAAGUGAAAUUCCGAAAUUUUGGCAAGAACUUCAGUUUGGUCAUGUAUUCUUGAAAUGUUGAAUACGGAAUAAGUACAUAAUACACAUGCUUUUUAUGCAAGAUGUAAAUGUAUAUAAUAGAAAAUCAGUUUGCAAUAUUAAUUGAU